AUGUCGAGCGCCGCAACAGACAAGAGGGAGGAAGGAGACACAAAGAACAUCGGGUUCUACGACCUGGGGAAGGUGAUCGGGGCAGGAGCAUACUCCAAGGUCAGGCUCGCUACCCAUGUGUCAACGAAUCAGGUCUUUGCUGUCAAGAUUGUGGACAAGUCGAGGAUCCACAACGUGAAGGACCUGGAGAGGGUUUUGCGGGAGAUGCAUGUGCUGAAGAACAUCUCCCACCCUAACAUCAUAUCAAUGCACGAGUGCAUCGAGAGAGGAACGAAGCUCUUUCUUGUCCUCGACUUUGCGAGUGGGGGAGAGCUGUACAACUAUGUCGUCUCCAAGGGGAAGCUACAAGAGCUGGAGGCCCGGCAGUUCUUCACCCAGAUCAUGAGCGGGGUUGACUUCUGCCAUCGGCAGGAGAUCUCACACCGCGAUCUGAAGCCUGAGAACAUCUUGCUGGUAGAGCAGGACUUUGGCAAGUACGUCUGCAAGAUUGCCGACUUUGGGCUGAGCAAUGACAUCAAACCCGGAGAGCUUCUCAAGACCAUCUGUGGUACCCCAUGUUACGCUGCACCGGAAAUCAUCAUGGGCCAGAAGUACGAUGGAAUAGCGAUAGACCUGUGGAGUCUGGGAGCGACUCUCUACACCCUCGUCGUCGGGAGGUGUCCCUUCAGAGCAGACAACCAACCAGAGCUGUUCAACAAGAUACAGAAAGGAAUAUACAGCAUCCCAUCCUCCUGCUCCCCAGAGGUCUCGGACUUGAUCCGAGGUUUCAUGAAGAUCGACUCCAAGAAGCGCAUCCACAUCAGCAAGGUGAGCAGGUCCAGAGCUGCCCGACGAUGA